AGCAAAUUGGAAGCGUUGUAUUUAUUUACCUAAAAUGGCGUCUCCCCUCGAGAUGCCUAAUAGGCCGCCGCCUGUUUACACAAGUUAGAUUUGAAAGUCGGCAUGAUAGGAUCGACAUGUAAACAGAAGACUUGUUUGUGUUCAGUAUUGUGUGUUUUAAUUAUUUUUUUUCUUAUUUCUUUAAGGAGCCCUUUCUGGUAACCUCAAAGACGGAGUCACGUGAUGAAUGCCCUUCUCCAAUAGCCAGCACUUCAUUAGCACCAGUUGGUGAGUGGGGAAGGCAACCAGACAAAACAAACGCGUGGUUACGGAUUAGAGAAGCAGGGCGGUCCUGAACUCGUACUGUGCUGCUGGACUUUCUCCUAGGUGCUCAUGACUUGUCCUUUGCAUGCAUGUGAAAAACAUUUGUAUUUUUCUCUCUUCUGACCAGCAACUGGGUAAGUCCAUACACAUUUUGGUUUGCUGGGCUAAUAAUAUCGAGCCACAUCAGCUCACCCUGAUCAUUUUAAUCGAGUGUGUUGAGAGAUCAAAUGCAAGUUGGACAUGCAGCGAGCCUCGUGGACGGAGCUGGACAUGAGCGCAUUAACUUCGUCUUUUUUCUUUGCACAUCCUCUCCUUGUUGACAUGACGAGGGCGGGCUGAGCGAACGUGUCAGCGAUGGGCCGCAAGUUGGAUUUGUCCGGCCUGAGCGACAAUGAGGCCGAGCACGUGCUGCAGGUGGUUCAGCGCGAUAUGAGGCUGCGCAAGAAAGAGGAGGAGCGACUCAGUGAACUGAAGCAGGCGCUGGACGAGGAGGGCAGUCGCUGCCUGCUGCUGUCACGCCAGCGCUUCUUCAACCAGCGCUGCUGCAUCCGCUGCUGCACCCCCUUCAGCUUCGUGAUCAACCCCAAGCGGCAGUGUCGUGACUGCCUGUACAACGUGUGCAAGGCCUGCAGGCUUUACAGCAAACCUGACAAAGCCUGGCUCUGCUGCGCCUGCCAGAAGAGCAGGUUGUUAAAGAAACAGUCAUUGGAUUGGUUCUACACGCACGUGAAAGGACGCUUCAAACGCUUCGGCAGCGCCAAAGUGCUGAAGACCAUCUACAGGAGACACUUGGCUGAGCACAGUCCAGUUUCCGAGCUCACAGAGGCGAGUACCUACGAGGAGAGCAUCUGCAAUGAAGGCAGCGUCUGUGACAGUGACACCACCUUCUACAGACAAACUAAAGAGCACAGCAUGGCAGAGACGCUCACUGUGGCCUUCCGGGUGGCGGAGGAGGCCAUAGAUGAGGCCAUUUCCAACGCAGAGAUUGAUGCUACCAGUCAGGAGAAUCAGAAUGAAUCCCAUUACCUUCGUCAGCACAGAGGAGAGCUCAUUCAGGAGCUGGCCAAAACAAUCAUGCAAAAAAUCAUUUCCAAGAGGAAGAUCUUGCCUGACAUGGAGCACGAGGACGAGCAAGAAGGAUCGCUGGAGCCCAACGUCCACCGCCGUGGCGACCAGGUUGGCGGAAGCUUUAAACACCUCAAAGGCCUCUGGAGGUCACAGUCUGCCUUCUCACUGAUUGACAACAACCGAGACGCUCGUCAGACAUCACCUAAGGGAGGAGGAUCUGUCGUGUCUCCUUGGACCAGUGUUGAGCGUUUGGAAAACGCUGGGAUGCCCUCUGUGUUGAAGAGUCCAGACGGCAACUGGAUCGCCCUGCAGAGCGCUCAGCUGUCGCGGCCGAGCCUGCUGGCCAAGAGGAAGAGUCUCGUCUACAGCGCCUUGGAGAGAGAGUCCGGAGCGGUGUCCGCUUACGAGGGCAUGGAUUCUGACAACGAGGGCAAACCUGAGUUAGACUCCUCCUGGGGAGCUAUACUCCAGGGGUUCCACAGGAAGUUGACGGCUUCCAAAGUUCGUCGGGAUGCUCGGUCAGACUCCGAGGGGAAGAUUUCAAUGUCUCCGGUGGCUCUCGUUAAGAGGCCGCUGACGGAGGACAGACGGCCAUCGUCUAAAAGGACCAGCAUCAUCGACAUCACCUUCAAAGAGAAUGCCGCUGCGGAUGCGAGUGAAGCGGUAUCUGGAAAAGCUAAGAGAUCGCGAAAAAAGAGAAGAAGCAAAAGAAGAGCCACAUUAUCUGGACCUCUUCUCAUGGAUUAUAACAGGAAAGAUGUCCAUUCCUGUUCUCCAUCCGACGCCGACACCCCUGACACUUUGACACCUGAUGCCGUGACUCCUGAAGUCAAUCAAGUCGAGCAGGAAAACGUCUCCAAGCCCAUAGUCAGCGAUGACGAUGACGCGCAGGGGAACGAGAUGAGAAGCCAAGAUGAUGAUGAUGACAACAUAGACUUGGGGAAAGGCAAAGCAGAGGAUGAGAAAGUAGAGGGGGAGGAAGAGGAGGAGAUCAAAUCUAGGUUGUACAAGCUGGUGGCAAAGUCCAGACUGGCGUACUUCUCGUCCACCGACGAUGAACUUGACCGAGCGGGAAGAAGUGAGGAGGACCGAUGGAGCGAUGGUCAGGAAGAGACCAAAGGACUCGCACACCAGCUCAGCCAACUGGAGAAGGAAGUCCGAGCCACAAUGUUGUCCUCCACAGAGGAGGAGCUUGACCGUCUCACGGAUGAGGAGGAAAACAAGGAAGAGGAGGAGGAAGAAGAGCCGCUGGAGGUGAAACUAUGCCGCUUGGCCAAUCAAGCGGCCGUCACUCAGUUUUCAUCCACCGAGGACGAGCUGGACCGCGAGGAGGCCGCUCAUGAGGAGACGCUGUGGAAGCUGCAGGAGGAUAAGGCGGCGCAGGCCUCUCAGGUGCGCCACUUGGCCAGUCUAGUCAGUGCCUCGCAGUUCUCCUCCACCGAGGACGAGCUAGAUCGUGUUGGCGAGGACGAGGAACUAUGGCGGGAAAACCUGAGAGAGAAACCUGCAGAUGAAGCAAUGAGUGAAGAGCUUUCAGAUGCAGCAGUGGAAGACAAAGACGUCCGGAGGGACAGCAUUGGGAAGUGGGAGAGCGAGGAGGAAGAUGUUGACUUUGACAAAAUCAUCACCAGCAUGUUGACAUUGACGCUGCAAGAUUUGCAGGAACACGCCAAGUCUGAAGAGAAGACUGACGUGAAGGGUGCGGAGACUGAAGAAGAGAGGAAAGAUGAGACGGUGGCAAACGUGGAAAGGAAGGACGCGGAGCAGAAUCAGCAUAUAAGGACAGAUGAUGAGGAUGAAAAGACAGACCAGAACAGGAAUAAGGACGCAAAGACAGACAAUGAGAAGCAUGUGGACUCAAAAAUGGAUGAGGACAGCGAUGAGAACGUAAAGACAGAUGAGAAUCUAGUUAAUGAGAAGAAAGAGGACGAAAAGACAGACAAGAACCGGGGCCAGAAUGUGAACAUAGACAAGGACGGCAACGAGGCAAUUGGAGAUCCGAAAGAGGACACACCGACAGACCAGGACAUUAACCAAGAUGCAAAGUCAGAAAAUGUGAGGACAGAGCAAGAGAACUGGAACAAGGAUGAAAAGAAUGAGAAAGAGAGGACAAUUGACACCAUGACAAACGAGGAAAGCAAUGAAGACGCAAAGACAGACGAGGGCGGGAGCAUGAACGGAAAGAUGGACGAGGAGACGAGCCAUGUGAUGAAAGAGGAAACAAAGACAAGUGAGAACACAGAACUGGACACGCAGACCGAGGAGAAGAACGAGAAGGAGCAAAACACGACAAAGGACCACGACAACAACACAAUGACCAAUAAGGAAAGAAAGGAUGACAUAAAGAAAGACAAAACAAGUCACGAGGAUACAAAGACCACUGAUGAGAGGAAAGAAGAUGAGAAGACCGAAAAGGAACAGAACAAACUUGGAAACACAGACGACGACGGGAACAUAAACACUGACCAGGAGACAGACGAUGAUAAGACAGGUGAGAAUGGGAACAGAAACGCCAAGGCAGAUGAGACAAAAGAUGCCUCAAAGUCAGACAAGGACUGGAGCAAGGCAGAUGAGGGCCUGGAGAGCAACAAGACAACAGAUGGUGAGAAGGAAGAGGACUCAAUGAUAGACAAGAUCAAGAAUGCAAAGGAAGGGGAGGAGAGGGAAGUUGAAGCAAAGAUAGGCAAGGACUGGAAGAAGGCAUCUGAAGAUCCCAAAGAGCACACGCAGACAAAUGACAACAGGAAUGAGGCUGGAAAGUUAAACAAGGUAGCCGAGGGUCUGACAGAGCACGCAAAUUCAGACGGGAACAAGGAUCUGAAGACAAUCAAGGAGACGGAUGAUGAGAUGAAAGAGGAUGUGGUAGCCGAGAAAGAUGAGAGUAUCAAGACAACUGAGAAAGAAGUUGCAAAUCAGGUCUGGGAAGACCUCGCAGAGAAGCAAAUUAUAGGGGAACCCACAGAAACACACAAAAGUGAUGAUCUUUUGUUCAGUUGUCCGCCUGGUGGACAACAGGAACUAGUGGUGGCGGCCAAAGAUGACGAGGAUGGAAGAGGAAACGUGGCCGCCAUGGAUGAUGGGCUGUUGCCGGAGGAGAUCAGAAAGAGGUACUCAGCAGCAUCCCUGUGCAGCAUCACAACGGAGGUCCUGAAGGUUCUGAAUGCCACAGAGGAGCUACUUCAGGGUGUGGAGGGCCGGGAGGGCUGCCGGUCUUUUGCCCCUGCUUUGCCUGCCGACGCUGACCCCAAGAAACUGGAUCAGCAGCUCUUUGCACUGGAAGAGAAAGUGUACGUGGCGGCGGGCUCGGUCUACGAGGUGGAGGCUGAGCUUGGCGAGCUGGAGGAGCGCGCCAGGGGCAUCUCCAGCAGCACAUCUGACACGGAGCUGGUUUUCCUGGAGGAGCAAGUUGCGUCAGCCGCCACCCGGGUUCAACAGUCGGAACUACAGAUCAGCGACAUCUCGGCGAGGAUCGCAGCGUUGAAGAGCGCCGGUCUGGAUGUGGACCCGCAGUCCCGCUCCGCCAAGGCUAGGACGGUCCCGGUCAUGCCUCUCACGCUGAGCUCAUCUCGACAGCUGAGACGACGACUGCCGGCGCUUCCGCGCACGGAGGACAACAAAAGCUGAUUUCAGGAGCAAGAUGUUCUGCAGUGCCUUCUUUACUCUUGCCUACUGUUUGUUGUUCACUUGAAAGAAAAAACUAGAAAAUCUAGCAAAUUACUUUAAACACUUUUACAGUAGUGCAGUGCUUCUCAAUUAUUUUCUGUGAUGCCCCCCUUAGAGAGAAGAAAGCAUUUUGCGCACCUCCUCCAUGUUAUUAACAUUAGAGAAAACAAAAAAUAAUGAUAAUAAAGUUCAAUAUUAUCUAUAUAUUAUAUUAUUAUAAUAUCUGUUCAAUAUUUUUCCACUGCACUUUUUAUCAGCUGUUCUGUCUGUGUUGUCUGCUCGUGUUGGCUCGUUCAAAAGACCGGAUCUUUUCAGUGAAAGAGUGAACGAAUUCCUUUUAUCAGUUCAUAUGACUUCAACCAGUAGGUGUCAGUAAUGCGCAUGAAAGCUGGUGCCACUUCACUGGAAGACAAAACGAAGAAGAAAAUGACGUAACUUCCUGUUCACGAACGAGUCGUGAAUUGUUUGUUUAAUUUAGGAUCCCUAUUAGCUAUGGCCAUGCCAACGCUACUCUUCCUGGGGUUCUUGCAUUUCCCGUUCAACAACUGGACGGAUCUGUGAGUAAACGAGUAAGUGAGUGAUUUCCAGUUCCUCGCCAGAACGGAUCAGUGAGGGAACGAAUCCUGACUUUCCCGUUCGCGAACGAGUCAAGGGCUCAACUGCCUUCCUUCCCAUUCGUGCAUCAGCGGAUCAGUCAGUGAACGUGUUGCAAUUUCACAUUAGAUUGAUGGUUUGAAAUCAACUGUUUAAAUAAAAAUUUGUUAAAACUUG